AUGGCCUCUCUCCUCGGAUCGGCUACCAGCCAAUGCCGCGUCCCCGUGCAGCACGCGCUGACACGUCAGCCAGCAACUCCCAAUGCCGCUGGUCGAGCAGCCUUUUCGAGAAGGUCAUUGGCGAUAAGGUCGUCCGUUGACGAUUCUGUCAACGGCAGACGUUCUGACCCUUCGUCGCAAGAGCAUUCUCCCGCAGCAGCAGCAGCAGCGGAAACGGCGGGUGUGAGUCGUCGGUCAGUUCUCCUCGCUCCAGCUGCUUCCGCCGCUGCGGCUGUGGCGCUGAGCCUAGGGAUUGCCGCGACUGCCGCCCCUGAAAGCGCGCAAGCCUUCGGCCUGGCGGGUCCCAAGGAGUGGCUCAAGGCGCAGAAGCGCAAGUCGAUGCAGUUUCUCCUCAACCCCCUCAUGGUCUCGUCCGCGCGCCUUGCAGCUGCCAAGGCUGAGUUCGAGGCCUUCACCACCCCCUCUGAGCUGGCAUCGGUGCAGGCAAGAGUGCGGGAACCCUCCCUUGACUGCCUCUCUUCCACCAUCCAUCACACCCUCUUGUUUCUCCUCUCCUCUCUCUCCCCUCCCUCCUCCUGCCCUACCCUCCAUUCACUCACUGCAGAGGGCUCCACCACCCCCUCUGAGCUGGCAUCGGUGCAGGCAAGAUUGCAGGAACCCUCCCUUGACAGCCUCUCUUCCGCCAUCCAUCACACCGUCUUCUUUCCUCCCUCUCUCCGUCCUAUCCACUCUUUCAUUGCAGAGGCCUCCACUACCCCAUCUGAGCUGGCGUCAGUGCAGGCAGGAGUGCGGGAAGCCUCCCUUGACUGCCUCGCCCCUGGCUUUACUCCUGGCGUGGAGCUCUGCACCUUCAAGCUUAUCCUCAAGAAUGCUGCCUCUCUUCUGGAUAAGAACGACCCGGCGCUCGUGCUGGGUGAGGAGGCGCUUCUCGACCUCAUCUGGUCGUUCAGACAGCUGCAUGGGUUGCUGGACGAGGCUCAGGGCUCCGACCCCCCUCCCCGGUGA